AUGUCGUCGCUAGACAGCGAUGCGCCCCUGGCCAAGCGCCAAAGGGUCUCGACCGCCGUCGGAACUUCUGACGAACGGGCUCAAACCUCCCGCAUAUUCGCUCCUUUUCGCACCGUUGGCCUCGUGUCACCCACAGGCGUCCCGUUUACGACUGUUCCCAUGGGAAAGACCACCUUCCAGAUCACCACAUCGGUCGGCAGAGCGCUCCAAACCUACGAUCUGCGUCGCGGCCUCAAUCUCGUCUUCGUUACUCGGCCCCAGACCCCUGCUGACAUCACAGCCACGACUGCAUGGAGGCAGCAAGUUCUUGCGGCAUGGGGCGGAUGUGGAAAGGGCGAAUCGCAGGGUCUCUGGAUCUUUGAACGAGGCGUCAAAGUAUCCGAGCUGGAGUUGCCUCUCGACAUGGCCGAGCCCAUCAGGCAAAUCGCCGUCUUUGGAACGUGGAUUGUCGCCUCUGGUUCGACUAGAAUCGAGGUGUUCAAGACCGCCACCCUGGAGCAUUAUACCACCAUCCACACCAUGGCGGCCGCCAACGGCGGCAAUGAAAUCACCGGUGGCAUUACCACGAUGCCUACGUUCCUCAACAAGAUAUUUGUCGGCCGCAGAGACGGCUGGGUGGAGAUUUGGAAUGUCAGCACGGGCAAGCUGAUUUAUACCAUCCUGCCUCCAUCCCCCAGCUGCGGGUCCGUCACCUGUCUUGAGCCAAGCCCUGCUCUGUCUCUCAUGGCCAUUGCAUACUCGGGUGGUUCGUUGACCAUAACCAACGUGCUCACCGACAAGCGUGUUCUCCGGAUCGAGGCCGCCAGCCCCGAAGCACCCGUCAGUUGCAUCUCUUUCCGGACCGAUGGCAUGGGCGCCGGCAACGACGGCAGAAAGGACGGCGUAAUGGCCACGUCGACGGCUGCCACGGGCGAUAUCACUUUUUGGGACCUCCAUGGUGGUGGCCGGGUCAUAGGUGUCCUGCGCGGUGCUCAUAACCCUCCUUCUGCCGAUGGGCUCAUCGUUCCCGGGGGAGUGAGCAAGAUUGAGUUUCUGGCGGGCCAGGCGGUCAUUAUCACAAGUGGACGUGACAACUCGCUCAAGUCCUGGAUCUUUGACAAAAUACCCUUCUCUCCCAUUCCACGGCCACUGCAUACACGGAGUGGUCACGCCGGCCCUGUCAACUGCCUCCAUUUUCUACCCUCAGACUUUGAUGGGGCUGAAGCUGGAAACAAGUGGCUUCUCAGCGGAGGUCGGGACAGGAGCCUUUGGGGCUGGAGCUUGCGUCGCGAUGGCCAAAGUGCAGAGCUCAGUCAAGGCAACGUUCGCAAAAAGGCCAAAAAGAUCGGUAUCCUUGCCGCAAGUGCACUGGCCCACGAAACGAGUGGAAAGACGGGCUGGGAGAGUGUCGUCACGGCUCAUAAGGGAGACCCUUAUGCCCGGACUUGGCUCUGGGGUCGGAAGCGUGCAGGCCGCUGGGCGUUGCCAACAGGCGAUGGCGCCGAUGUCUCAACCGUGGCCAUCAGCCCUUGUGGGACUUUUGCCGUGGUUGGCUCCGACUCUGGAAGCAUCGUCAUGUACAAUCUGCAAUCCGGCAUCUGCCGACAGCGGUUUCCCUCCAGGUUGACGCCGUCCCAAGCCCGCCAGCUGCGGUUACAGCAGUUGAGACAAGCAGACGAUGUUGCCCAGUUGCAUGCCGAGACAGGCAAAAGAUUCCCUCCCGGUACCGGCAAACACACAAAGGCCGUAACUGGUAUUGUCGUCGAUUCAUUGAACCAGUACAUCGUCUCCUGUUCUUUGGAUGGAAAGAUCAAGUUCUGGGAUUUUCUGACUGGUACGCUGCUUCAAGAAAUCGACUGGUCACCGAUGACCACCCCGGUGGCAUGCAGGUACCAUGCUGCCAACAACUUGCUUGCCUUUGCCUGCGAUGACAUGUCAGUUCGUGUGGUUGACUUGGAGACAAAGAAGACGAUUCGAGAGUUCUGGGGCCCGCUGGACAACCGGGUCAUUCGCGUUUGGGACUUGCCGACGAGCCACAUGAUUGACGCAAUCCGCCUCGAGAAGCCCUGCACCGCCUUGGCAAUGAAUUGCACCGGGGAGUACCUGGCAGCCACCAUUCAAGAUGAACCGGGGGUUACCCUUUGGACGAACAAGGCCAUGUUUAAGCACGUGCCGACGCGACAAAUAUCUGAAAAGGACAUUGGCCAAGCCUCUGCACCCACUGUUUCCGGUGAAGGAAAUCGAGGCAUACUGGAAGGCGCCUUCGAGGAUGAGGAGCAACAAGAGGAGAGCUUGGUCGUGGCACCCCCUAUUGACCAGCUCAGCUCGGGCAUGAUGACUUUGAGCUUGGUCCCCAAGAGUCGCUGGCAAACAUUGUUGCAUCUCGACCUGAUCAAAGAACGCAACAAGCCCAAAGAGCCUCCAAAGGCCCCGGAAAAGGCGCCUUUUUUCCUACCUUCCAGGGUCAACUCUACAUCAAAUGGCCAACAAGACGUGGCGGAGAGCGCGGAAAAUGAAGCCAAGUCGCGAAUUUCAAAACUCGAUCAGGCUCGCUUCGAAGAGUUAUUCUCCUCCAAGCUUCGCAGCGCGGCAGCGGCUAAUAACUACGAUGAUUUUAUCGAGCAUCUCAAAUCGCUAUCGCCUUCGAGCGCAGACCUCGAGAUUCGCUCGCUUUCUGUCGGCUUCAAGGAGGACGAUGGCAAUGAGCUUUUGUACUUCAUCAAGGCUUUGACGGCAAGACUGGAGGCUCGAAAGGAUUACGAGCUCACGCAGGCCUGGAUGACCGUGUUCCUUCGGCUUCACUUUGAUGUCGUGAUGGGGAGCGAUGUUCUCCUCGCUGCUCUGGCGCAGUGGAAGGUAGAACAGGAGCGGGAAUGCAGCCGUUUGGAUGAUCUUGUUGGGUAUUGCGGCGGCGUUGUUGGUUUUCUCAGGAGCCCGCGGACUUAG